UAAAGGUUGGGUGUCUCGCGCCGCCGGCCGUUGGGAGGGUGGAGUGGGGGCCCCUCCCCCCAGCCCCCUGUCCGCCUCCCACCCAUCUCCUCGCCGGGACGAAGCGGCAAGAGGGCCUUUGGGCCAGCAGGUGAAGUUUGGUGCCAUGGUGGGAGCCCAGCAGCUAGAGAUGCAGGCAGCAGCAGUGCCAGCAGUGGCCCCAGCUGGUGGUGGUCCUGGCGGGAGUGGCAGCGACCACCAGUAUGAAUGCCUGGAGUGCGGCAAGGUGUUCAAGUGGUCAUCGCGGCUCAUCCACCACCAGCGGACUCACACAGGCGAGCGCCCUUAUAAGUGCUCUGAGUGCCCCAAGGCCUUCAAGGGGUCAUCGGCCUUGCUGUACCACCAGCGCGGACACACGGGCGAGCGACCUUACAAGUGUGGGGAAUGCGGCAAAGCGUUCAAACGUUCCUCCUUGCUUCAGAUCCACCAGAGUGUGCAUACGGGCUUGCGUGCCUUCAAGUGUGCUCAGUGUGGCCUGGCCUUUAAGUGGUCUUCCCAUUACCAGUACCACCUCCGCCAGCACACAGGGGAACGCCCCUAUCCCUGCCCAGCAUGUGACAAGGCCUUUAAGAACUCUUCCAGCUUGCGGCGGCACCGCCAUACCCAUACAGGUGAGCGUCCUUAUGUCUGCCCCAUCUGUGGCAAGGCUUUCACGCAGUCUACCAACUUGCGGCAGCACCAGCGUGUGCACACUGGUGAGAGGCCCUACCGAUGCCAGGACUGUGGGAAGGGUUUUACCCACUCUUCUAACCUGGCACUGCACUGUCGCUCAGCACAUGCUGCCCGCCCGGCCCACACCUGUGUUAUCUGUGGCAAAGCAUUUGCCUCGGACGCCUAUCUCCAGCGGCACUUAGAAACUCACGCUGACGUUGCCCCUCCAGCACAGCUUUUCCUAGAGGAAUCGACGGCCACUGUAGAGAUGCUGUUUCGGUGUAGCGUCUGUCAGCUCACCUUUCCCCUCCAGGAGCAGUUGCUGACCCAUCAGGAAGUGCACCUAGCCCCACCGGAGCCACCGCCGCUGCCGCCACCACCUGUGCAGGAGGAGGCAGCAUCUGCAGCCUCCCCGCUGCCCUCAUUGGCUUGCUCGGUGUGCAGCAAGACUUUCAAGAGCAGUGCAGGCUUAGCACGGCAUCAGCAGAGCCAGCAUUCUUCAGAUCGCACAUAUACCUGUGCGGUGUGUGAGCGCUCUUUCCCAGCCCUGGCCAGUCUCUUGGGCCACCAGCGUUCACACCCCCCAGCAGAGCAGCGGCUGGAAGAGGCAGAGGUGACGUGCCCAGCACAGGCCGAGCCAGUACCUGCAACCACCGUGACCACACCCCCGCCCCCCGAGCGACCGUAUGUUUGUGGGGAAUGUGGGAAGGCAUUCAAGGGCUCCUCUGGGCUGCGUUACCACCUGCGAGACCACACGGGUGAGCGUCCUUAUGCCUGUGGGGAGUGUGGGAAGGCUUUCAAGCGCUCAUCCUUGUUGCGUAUUCACCAGCGGGUUCACACGGGGCUGCGUGCCUUCACCUGCCCCACCUGCGGGCUGGCGUUCAAGUGGGCCUCUCACUACCAGUACCAUUUGCGGCAACACACGGGGGAACGUCCAUAUGCCUGCCAGGACUGUGGAAAAGCCUUUAAGAACACGUCGUGCCUUCGCCGGCACCAGCAGCUGCAUACCGGAGAGCGUCCCUUUGCUUGCCAAACCUGUGGCAAGGCAUUCACCCAGACAUCCAACCUCCGGCAGCAUCAACGAGUGCAUACCGGCGAAAGACCCUAUCAUUGCCGGGACUGUGGCAAGGCCUUCACCCACUCUUCCAACCUGGCAUUGCACCGACGCACCCAUUCACGGGAGCGUCCCUUCCAGUGCCCAGUGUGCGCCAAAGCCUUUGUCAUGGCCUCAUACUUGCAGCGCCACUUGCGUACUCACAACAGCACCGAGACGCCCAGCCGUCCGACCGCCCCAUCACCUGCUGCCACUCAGGAGGUGCAAAUCGUGCCCAACCUACAGGCCACUUUGAACGUGGAGUUGAGCAGCAGCCCAGCCCCAGCUGGCCCUUCCAACACACAAACUUUCCUGCUAGUGCAGACAGCUCAGGGCUUGCAACUCAUCCCUAGUGUGCAGCAGCCACAGCCGCCACCCCAAAACUCACCCCCCAAACUCAUCCUGCUGCCCAGUCCCCAAGUGAUACCCACAGCAUCCACUGCUCCGGCCAGCUUUACCCUCUUGCCAAGCACCCCUGCCACCCCAAGCAAGUGUGUCCCACUCCGGCAAGGCAAGGGGAAGAAGCCUGUGUCACUGCCACCACCGCCUCCCCCAGUGACUGGCAGCCAGAACAUCAUUUUGAUGCCCAGCACCACUGGGCCUAGCAUGCAGCCUGUCUCUAACAUGCAUAUCCAGAGGACAUCGGGGUUGCAGGCUGGUGGGCAGAACAUUUUUGUCCUCCAGAGCUUGCCAGAGCAGCAGACGAAUACAGUGCAGAUCCAGGCUGUGCCAACUGUUCCACCAGCAACAGGCACCCUGCAGAUUCAAGCCCUGCCACAGUCCCAGCAUCUCCAGAGCCUGCCUGCUGCCCAGCCAGGUGGCACUCUGCAAAUCCAGGCCUUGCCUGCUUCCCAGCAGACUAGUACGAUUCAGAUCCAAGCCCUCCCACAUACUCCACAGACUGGCAUUGUGCAGAUCCAAAGCCUGCCACUCCCCCAGAGCACUGUCCAGAUCCAAAGUCUGCCCACCUCUCAGCCGGCAGGCAAUGUACAGAUCCAAAACCUGUCCAGUUACCCAGCGACUGGCACGAUGCAAUUCCAAACACUUCAGCCUUCCCAGAAGGUGAACACUCUGCAAUUUCAGGCUGUCUCUACCCAGCAGGUGGGGACCCUGCAGAUCCAAACCCUCCAGCCUUCCCAGCAAGUGGGCCCCCUUCAACUCCAGACUUUGCCCUCCACCCAGCAGACAGGCUCCCUGCAGAUCCAAAACUUGUCCCCCUCAAACCAGUCUGUGACUGGUGUGGAAAUUCAAGGGCUCUCUCCUUCCCAGCAGCUGGACGGCACCAUUCAGAUCCAGGGCUUGGUGUCUUCCCAGGAAGAGCAGCCUCUCCAGCCUUCUGAGGAGAUAGCCAGCAUCCAGCUCCAGGCUCUGGGCCAAGCUCAGGAGAUGAGUGAGGUGGGAUCUGCUCUGUCCAGCCCCCACGAGCUCUCUGGGGUAGAUCUCCAGCAGGGAUCGAGUCCAGAAGAGGAAAGCCAGAACUUGAUUGUGGUGCAGAAUUCUCCUGGGGAUGAACUGUUGGGGCCUGGGGGAGAGGUGGAGAGCCUGGAGGGAGUGCAGGAUGUGCACUUUGAGACCCUGCAAACUGAGGAGGGUGUGCAGAAUGUAUUGGUGCUGCGGAGUGCAGGGGGGGAGCAAACUCGCUUGUGUGUUCAGGAGGUAGAGAAUAUCCAGACAGUGGAGGAGCUCCCUGGCCUCCAGUUGCAGGGUCCCGAUGGUGGCUCUGGGGCCGGGCAGAACCUGCUGAUCAUCCGGAGUGCCCAAGGGGAACAGACCCUUCAAGUGUUGGAGAGCGUGCCGACGUUGCAGGUGAACAGCCCAGAGAGCACCCAGCCAGCCGAUGAUGGCAGCAGCACCCCUCAGAUGGUGCAGCUUUUGCCAAGCCCGAUGGCUUCCCAAGGCCUGUCCUCCAUCCAGAUUGUGCAGACUGUACCCAACAUGCAGCUAGUCCACACCUUUUGAACUCUACAACGGAGUGGGGACGUUAGCUGAGACCUGGUCCUGCACACGUCAGCACUGGGGGUGCAGAUGUGACAUGGGACCCUGCUUGGUGGGUCUAGGUAGAAAUUUAGUGGUUGUUGCUGUAGUCGCCAGAUAGGAUGGUUCUGAUCUGGGUGACUUUGAGACUUGUGAAUGACAUUGUCACUUCUGCCCGUGGGCUUGAAUGUCCCAGGACAACACCUCGGUGUGACAGCAAACCUGUGCCCUCAGGUCCAAAACACACCGAUGGUUCUCCCCCACUUCCCUGCUCACAUGUAGGCUGCUGCUGCUGCUUUUGCCCCUGCAGCCAUAGUGACCGUUCUGCCACCUCCCUGAGCACUUAUACGACCUUGCAUGAGAAGAGGGGCUAGCUAGUCUAGACCUUUGUUCUAUCCCAGAUCCACUCCUGUUUUCCUUCAUGCUUGAAUAGUUUGUUCUGUCAAGAACCAAAAGUUUGUGCUGCCUGAUGGUUAAAACAAAACUGUAGGGCAGCCAGGAGGACUCCUUAAGGUUUUCUCCCUCCUCCUCAGACGCAGAGUGUGAUUGAUGGGUAGCCCUUCAAUGCUCAGCUUCUCUCCCUUUCCCUUCCACAUUACUGCUUUGGACCAGGGUCUCUGUGAUGCAGUAUGAUCUCUGCAUAACAGAAAAAUCAGGGAAGUUCAGGUUUUCAGGUCUUCCCUUGGUUUUCAACACUAUGGAGCGGGGAUACCUUGGGACUGGUCGCAGAUUGCAUCUCUCAGUCUCACGGGGGGUUUUUCCCUUACUCGAACCUUUUCAAUUUCCUGUUCCACAGAACCACAUUUCUUUCAGAGUGUUCCUGGUGCUAACACACAUGCAAGAGGGUCAGAGACUCUUUCGGUCUAGAAAGUAAAUUAA